AAGUCAAAAGUGUUUUCUUUUUUUGCGUUUGUCAAAAUAAGUGCCGCGGUGAAAACGGAGCUGGGUUUGCGUUGUUUGAUGGCAUCGGGGAGAAAGUCUAUGAACUAGCUUCAGAGUGAUAUAGUUUGGUAGUGAAAAUGUCGAAUCAAGUUGCUGCGGAAGCACUUUAUUCCGCAACGUAUGUCAAGAAUUACUUGGACUCGGUGGAGAACUUGCCUGACGAUGUACAAAGGCAUUUAUCUAGAAUUCGGGAUAUCGACGUUCAGUACAGAGGUCAUUUGCGCGACGUAGAUCAUUACUAUGAACAGUGGCGUAGCGCAUCGUCAGCUACUUCUGAGGCUUCUGGAAGUAAACGAGUCCGAUCGUAUAUGGCUAGAAUACAGCAAAACCUAAUCGCUGCACAAGAGUUGGGUGAUGAAAAGUUGCAAAUCGUCAAUCAACUUCAAGAACUUAUCGAUCAAAAAACCAGACAAUUGGAUGUGGACUUUAAAAAUCUGGAUUAUGGCAAGGAAGAACAAAUAGCUGAAGUUGUUCAAAAAGUACCGCGGCCAGCAACGCCGGUUACGCAGGCUCCGCUCAGCACUAAAGUUGAGAACCAAUCAUUUCCUUUGGCUCAACAAAAUCCACAACGUGGCAGCACUCCAACUAAUCAGUCUUCGGAAAAGUCAUCAAACAAUAACAGCACAGAGCGUUCCAACAAACGAUCACGAAGACCACGCAAUGAGGCGAACAACACUUCUGCCACGGAUCCUGGAUCGCUUGUGGAUAACAAUACAACAAAUGAAUCGGUUACGCAAUCUAAGCAGAACAACAACAGUAGUGCAGGUCAAGGCAAUAACUCAGUAUCAUCGAGUGGUACAACUCAGAAGAAAGGUUCCAAUUCCGGCGGAGGUGGUGGAAAGAAGAAGAAAAGAAAAGCUCGCGGUCAAGCUAAUAACAAUCAGACUAGUGUACGAGACACACGUGGAGAUACUCCGCCUCAAGAAGAGCCAAUUGAUCCAGAUGAACCAACUUAUUGUCUUUGUGAUCAGGUAUCGUUUGGUGAGAUGAUCCUUUGCGAUAAUGAUUUGUGUCCUAUUGAAUGGUUCCAUUUCUCCUGUGUUUCUCUUGGUUCCAAGCCUAAGGGAAAAUGGUAUUGUCCUAAUUGUCGUGGUGAUCGUCCGAAUGUAAUGAAGCCAAAAGCUCAAUUUUUGAAAGAGCUCGAAAGAUAUAAUAAAGAGAAAGAGGAGAAAACCUAAUGGAAGCAACUUAA